AUGACAAAGACUAAUAAUGAAAAUAGAAAAUCAAUAGGUGGUCAAUCUAUAUGUUUUCCAUCAAAUCAAUCUUGUUCAUUUAUCUAUCAGUUACCUGAUGUUGUUCUACAACGUAAACAUGAUCGAAAAAUGCCAUAUGCAGAAACAUUUAAUGGUAUCAUACUUUUUGCUGACGUAUCCGGUUUUACUGAAAUGUGUCAAAAAUAUAGUAUUGAUGUGCAACGUGGAGUUAAUCAAUUAGCUAAUGCACUUAAUGGCUAUAUGGCACCAAUUGUUGAAGCGAUAUUGAGAGAAAAAGGAGAUGUUUAUAAAUUUGCCGGUGAUGCUGUGCUCGGUUUAUGGCCAUUUGCAAAUGAUUCUAUUGAACAUAAACGCGAACAAGCAAAACGAGUUAUUACUUGUGCUUUGUAUAUGAAAAAAUCAUUUUGUGAUUAUAUGACACCCAUUGGAACGGUUUUGAAUAUCAAAAGUGCUAUUGCGAUGGGUUCUUAUUCACUUAUAUUUCUGCGUGGAAAUACUUCAGCUUGUUCAAAAAUUCUUGAUGAAUAUGGGCCAAAGGCACAACUAACAACAAGGCAUGCGAAUUUUUAUUCUGAAACUAUGAAAAAAAACAAUGCUGGAAAACAUCAAUCAAUAAACUAUGUAAAUAAAACAGGAUUAACCGAAGAAAUGAUCGAACAUUGUCGGAGUAAUCUGGUUAAUUAUUAUGUUUGCUAUGGCAGUGCUGUUGUUAGUGCCAGAAAUGCCGAACAUGAAUGUAAGUCUCAAGAUAUUAUUGUGGAUAUGGCUACAUGGUUACUUCUUGAUUCUGAUUCAGAAUAUAUGCAUGAAAAAUUUGCGAUUGAACAUGAUGAUGAAGAUGUCGAAAUUCCAUCACGUUCUUCAAGUCAUCAAACUGAAAUGAUCGGUCAAGGUCCAUCGAAUACAAUAACAACAGCAAUAAGUAAACAUCUUACACCGCCCAAUAAGAACCGUGAAAUUUUACCCAUACAAAAAAUACUUUGUCAUUAUAUUCGACUUCAUGGUCGCCGAAAUGAUAUUGCAAAAGAUAUCAAUCUAUCUGAUAGCUAUUCCAGUAUGUCUACAGAUUCAAUAGAACUCAAUGAUGAUACUGAUGCAUUAAAAUAUUCUAAAAUAUUAAAUCAAGAUAGCUCUAGAGACAAUUUUCUCAAUGUAUGGAAUACACCCAAAACAACAUCAAUAGAUAUAAAUGAUACAGAUAUAAAAGAUUUCUCAUUUUUUUCAACAGCUACGAAAACAAAACAAGGAAAUUUUGAUAAAAGAGUUACUUUAACAGAAGAACAAUCAAUGAAACUUCGUCCAAGUGCUUAUUCAUAUUCUGAAGAAUAUGAUACAUCAGCCUUGAGUACAUUUAUUAUUAAACCCGUACGCAAUCAAGAAUCUCUAGAUCAAUUAUCUGAACUUCGACUUAUUAAUAUUUGUUUUAUUAAUAUUAUUUUAACUGAUUAUAAAAUUAAAUAUUUACCAUAUAAAUUACAAACAGUUAUUGAUUGCUGUGCUGAGCAAAUUUCAAUUACCAAUGGCUUAUUGACCAAGAUUUUUAUGUUUGAUAAAGGUCUUAGUCUUUUAUGUGCUUUUGGAAUGCCUGGAUAUAAACAUCCCGAUGAUGCUGAACGAGCCUUAAAAUUUGCUUUUCUUAUUACUCAAAGAUUGGAAAAAUUAAAUUUUGUGGCACGAGUUAGCACUGGAGUCUCUACUGGACAAACAUUUUGUGGUGUACUAGGACAUCCACUUCGAUGUGAAUACACAGUUAUUGGUAGAAAAGUAAAUAUGGCUGCUCGGCUAAUGGUUAAUUAUCCUGGUAUAGUUGCAUGCGAUGAUGAGACCUAUCAUAAAGCUCAUCUUGAAGAACGCUAUUUUGAAUUUUUACCUACAGUACCACUAAAAGGUCUUACAGUUUCUACAAGUAUGCGUCGAUAUAAAGGGCAAGAUGAUGACGAACAUAAUAUGACUGUAUUUGUAUUUCCAAUAAUAAAUCGUGAAGAUGAAUGGAAUUUAAUAUUUGAAUAUAUUGAAGAAGUUAUUAAACAUUCUUGUACAACAAUUCACUGUGUAUUUUUAACUGGUUUAACAGGUGUGGGCCGCUCACGUCUUCUGGCACAUGUAAACGAAGAGUUAAUAUAUGAUACAAGAAAUAUACGUCGAGUUUCAUAUAAUGCUAGUUUUGAACAUGUUCAAUUAUUUGGUUAUGCACUUAAACAAUUAUUUAAAAAACUAUUGUAUACUGAAUUACAAGAAUCCGAUGCUCUUUUACAGCUAUUAAAAUCUCUUUUACCAAAUCAUGAAAAAUAUCUAUAUUUAUUACGACCAUUUUUUGAUAAGCUUAGUGUCGAUACUGAUAAAUUAACAGGAGUUUUAAAAAGAACUGUUCUUGAAGAAAUUAUUCGUGAACUUAUUUGUAAUGCAACAAAUCCAGCGUAUGAGAUAACGAAUUAUCAACCACAGCCAACAAUUUUUAUUAUUGACGAUGCUCAAUAUAUUGAUAAAGAAUCUUGGCAAUAUCUGAAUCUUCUUGGUUCAGCUCCAACUUCUCUUCUUGUAAUGGCAAUGAGAGAUCCAACAUUAAAUGAUGACGAACUUCAUACCCGUAUGGAUACCCUUCGAGAUUUACCAACUACAAAACAUAUUCCACUUAUGGGUCUUGAUAAUCGUUAUUUAUCGACGCUUGCAUGUCAAGCUAUGUUUGUACAACGCAUUCCAAAAGAUCUUGAGAUAUUAAUUACACGAAAAUCGGAUAAAGGUCAUCCACAACAUAUUAUUCAAUUGUUAUCAGAUUUAUUGUCAAAUCAAAUCAUAAGAAUUGAAACAAUAAACAAUGAUGAUGAUUUGAAUGAUGGAUACAUUGAGGGUAUACAAAAAUAUUUAUGGAAACGUGUAGUAAAACAUGAUCCAGCAACAGGAAAUAUCAAAAUUUUAUUUGAAUAUGUUGAACCACAGUUAUGUCGAAUAUGUGAUCUGGAUAGGAAUAAGUUUUGGGCGCAUACAACUGUUAUUGAAAACAUAAAUGCUCAUGUUAAAAUUGAUAAAUUAAGAGAUUUUGAAAAACGCAUAGCAAAAAUAAGUUCGUUAUUUACAAAAAAUAUCUCAAAAAGAAUUAUUGUUCAUGCAAUUACGAACUAUGAUAUUCAUACCAAUGAACUCUUAACUGUACAUCAACAUCAUUUAAAUAAUAAUAAACAUCAUACAAUUGGAUUUAAUGCAGACUUAUUGAAAAUUAAUAGCGCAUUCUCUCAAUUAUAUCGUGCACAAAUAUUCGAAUGUGCUUGGCUUGAUUUUGAAGCAAGAAAAAAUUCUACUAUUGCCAGAUUAUUACAAGAAAAAAAUCUGACACCUAUAUGUUGUUGUCCAGAAAAUAUGACAAAACAAAUAGAAAAUUGUCAUAUGUUUACUUUUAAAGAUCCAACAUUAAAAGAAGCAACACUUGCAACAAUAAUUGAUCAAUUUCAACAUGAUUAUUCAUCAAAAAUGGCUGUAUUUCUUGAAUCAAAUAGUCAUUUAUGUAAAUCAUGCGGUGGCGAUUCUAAUUCAUUAAUAUUUUUAACACCUGUACAAAGCAUGAAAUUAGGUAUGUCUAUAUUAGAUACCUUUCAUGAAAGAAAACUAAACCAAUUGAAUCGACGUUUGCAAUAUAUUAUUUUUAAUCACUUUUCAAUGCAACAAACCUAUUUGACAAACGAUAAUGAAGAUAAAAAAAUUGAUGAUGACGAUGAUGAUGAUGAUGACGAUGACCGAUUGCCUUUGAUUCAAAUAAAACAUGAUUCUUUUUUCAAUAAUGAUAAAAGAAAAGAAAAGAAUCUCAUGCAAAACUUUCAUCAAAAUCUUUAUCACCAAGAAUUAAAUGAAAAACGAAAAUAUUUCCAUGAAUUACGUACUAAUAUAAAACAAAUUGAAGCUCUUACACAAAAUACUAAACCAUUGUCAUCGUUUAGUCCUAUGGCGAUUGGAGGGCGUAAAGAUACAAUUGAAGGAGAAACAUAUGCCCGAAUUCCUAUUCAUCUACAAGAAAAUAGUCUUACUCAUGCUGUCAGUCCAAUAAUAGCAAGUUAUCAAACGCGACCAAGUAUUGAAUCAACAAAAAAUGUUUUAAUGAACGAUAAAAAAAAUAGUUUAACAAAAGAUUUAGAAAAAAUUUCAUUGAACAAUAAUCAUUACUAUGAAACAAGUUUAGAUGAUAAGAGACAAUUCAAAACGUGUAAUGAAUUUUUGAAAAUCUAUUUAUCACAACAUAGUAAAAAUCGAUUAAUAAUUAAUCAAUUAAGAUUCUCCAAAAGACAUUUAUUUAAAUUUCGACGAAAAAAAUGUUUGAAUCGUAUAAAAGCUUUCAAUCACCUCUGCCAUGACAAUCAUAAUAAUAAUUAUAUGAGUAUGAAUGAGCUUCCUAAAAUUACCAUUGAACAAAUGCUUAGUCAUCGAUGGAUACAAACAUUUGAAAAUAAAAAAACUGAGAGAACGAUUUCGCUAUUAGAACAUAAUAUAGAAAAAACUAUUUGUUGUUCAUUCACUAAAAGAGAUGAAAAGUAUCCAUAUGCCGUAGACAGUGUUUGUUUAAUUCCCCCACCAACUAAACAAUUAAAUAAUCGGAUUCAACGAACUUGUAAAACACGAAUAUCAAACCAUUCAAGUACUAUUUUUGGAAUGAAUCAAGCAAUCAUACCAUCAAAAUCUCAACUUGAACUAAAUCGAUUCCAUACUGUUCACAAUGGGAAUAAAAAUACACUAUAUGAUCAUAAUAAUCAUCAUUUCUUCAAUCGAAAUAAAUAUAUUCAAAUCAGCAAUUCAUCUUCUUUUUAUAAUUUAUCUCAGAUGUAUUUUUCUCCAUCAGAAGCUGAACAUCGUAUAAAACAUUUAGAUCUGUCACGUGAAGCUGAUGAUGAUUCAACAUCAACAGUUUUCAUAUCGUCCAUGAUGUUUCAUAAUAAUAAUAAUAAUAAUAAUAAUAAUAAUAAUAGUAAUGAAAAACCUUUAAAAAAAGAUUUCAUUAUUGAAGAAAACUUAUUCAUCAAUGAACGUUUACAUCUUAAUUUUAUUGAAACAUGUCCAUUAUUCUUAUUAAAAGAUGGGAUUGAUCAUCGUUUUGAAUUUCUUGAUUUUGCUCCUGAUUUACAUAUAAGACAAAGAUUUCGUCCAAUAAAUCAUGAUGCAUUUAUAUUAAAUAAUAUUGAAAUACAAAGUGAACAAAUCAAUAGUACAAAUUCAAUAACUACAAAAUUAUUUUCAAAUAAAAUUCUAGACGAAAUCAAUCCAACAACAGAAAUUGAAUAUAAUCUACGUAAUUGUCGUUGUAAUUAUUUACUUGUUGAAAUUUAUCGUUUAUUAAUAAAAUUAUGGGAUCAAUCAUCAAAUCUAGAAAAAGUUCUUUAUUAUUCAUUAGAAUUAGCACGUGUUGAAUUAACACGAACCAAUUACUAUGAAUCAAAAAUAAUUUUACAGAAUAUUCUAGGACGUUUACAAAAGGGACGAAAUCAUUUAAAUUUACCAUCGUUCUUUGAACCACAGAUCUAUGAGUUAUUAUCAGAAUCUGUCUAUCGAAUGCGUAAAAAUGAUGAAGCUUUUCUAUAUAUAGUUCGAGGUUUAAACAUUUUAAAUGUUCAAUUAACUGAUUUUCGUUCACGAGAUUCCUCGAAAUUAAAAAGUCAAUGUAAACAAUUACGUCAUACACUUCUACGAACACUUAUAAGACCAACAAUAAAUAAAAAAUUAUCGGAUGAUGAAAUUAUUCAAAGAUAUUUUACAGGUAAAUUAUUAUUUCGAGCUGGACAAUGUGCAAGACGUCAUGGACAAUUGUUAUUCGCUUAUUUUUGUGUCCUAAAUGCUGCGCUAUCAUUAAUUCAAUGUCAUUCUAUUUUAACAUCAUACGAACAUUGCCAAUCAUUAAUAUUGCUCACUGAAUUAUCACAUGAUCUUAAACGUAUGGAAGAUUGCGAUUUAUUUAUUCAAGCAAUUAUUAAAUAUGUUGAACCAGUUAAUAUUGGUUAUGAAACAAUUGCUAUUAAAUCAAAUUGGCUAUCAAUGACAUGGAAUUUAUAUCGAGGAAAAAUUGAUCGAGCUUUAAAUGAUUCAUAUAAAAUCAAAGAUUUAUUAACUAAAAUUGGUGCUUAUGAAAAUCUUAUGUCAGUUGCAACCUAUAGUUUACAAGCAGCAUUAAUUGGUAGACGAGAAGAAGUCAUACGUGAUCUCAUUGAUUUAAUCGACAAUGAAUCAAACCGUCCAUUAAAAUAUGAAAAUCGUUUAUGGGCAUUUAUAUUAGCACUUGAAGCAUUUACUGAACUUAAUAUAGAAUACGAUGAAAAGUUAUUGAAUGAAAUUGCAUUUGCCAUUGAUUAUGUCCUUGAACAUUUAGAAAAAAAAACAUCAACACCAGGCGACAUUCAUAAAUUUUUAACAAUGGUUUUCUAUGCUCAAGCUACAUUAGUACAAUCCUAUACGAAAAUUGUUAAAUUGGAUUCAGCAAAUGAGCAUUAUAUGCGUGCAAUUAAAUUUGGUGUGUCAUUAAAAGAAUGGACAUUUCGUGUCUAUAAUGGAAUGCUUAAAUUAGCUAUAUAUGAAAUAUAUGAAUGUACUAAAUGGCUUAUGGAAACUCGUAUAUCGAUAUUACCAAAACCAAUUCAUGAUCGUUUAAUUAUAACUCAUAUGCAUGAUAUAAGUAAACAUUUUAAAUUGUUACGGCCACGUUAUUUAAUGUGUUAUGCUCUUAAACUCUUAAUAACUGGCAAUCAACGAUCAGCCAAAACCCAAUUUUCUAAUGCCAUUCACCUAGCUAACGAUCUAGAAUUAGAGUCUGAAAGAAAACACAUUGAAAUGACGAGAACACAAAUAUUUAAAAUAAUCACAAAAAGAAAAACAAAACGAAAACGAAAAAAGAAUUAA